AUGGCUUUAUGGGUAAUGUAAGGACAGUAGGUGUCUGUGUAACCGACACUAACCUCCUGCACUGUGUUAGAAAAAGGAGAAAAGGUGCUGAGGAUAAUAUAGGAUGAGGAAGGAAUGGGUUAAAGGGACAUGGAUCCCCUUUUUAUUACUUGAAGAUUCAAGAAGCAGCAAUGCACUACUGGGAGCUAGCUGAACUCAUCUGGUGAGCCAAUGACAAGAGGCAUAUAGAUGCAGCCACCAAUUACCAUCUAGCCCCCAGUAGUGCAUUGCUUUCUGUGGCUACCUAGGUAUGCUAAUUAACAAAUGAUGUCAGGAGAAUUAAGUAAAUUAGAUAUUGGAAAGGUGUUUAAAACUACAUGUGCCGAGUCAUGAAAAUGUAAUUUUGCCUUGACUGUGUGACAGUAGCUUGUGCCAGUGAAGGGUUAAAUAAUAUCACCAGAUCUCUGCAUAUAGACUGUCCAAAACAUUGUUGCAAAAAUGUGCAUUUAAUAAACAUCAGUGUUUGCAACAAUCUACCUGAAGAGAUUUUUGGGGAAAGUCUGUGGGGAGAAAAGGGCUCCUGCACCCCAAAAUAUCUUUUGUCUGGGGCACAAACACUCUGAUAUUGCUCAUAACCCUGGCUUGGAUACCCAUACUGAUUUUCUGCAAUGUAAUAAUAUUGCAGUUCAUGCAUUUCUAAUAGCUUUGGAAUAAGUGCCUGACAAUGAACAAACACAAGAAACAGAUGGCGGAGCGGUUCUUGAAUCACGCCCUGGGUGUCAUUUACCUGCUGACUGGUGAGAAAUAUACGAUUGUGAAGGAAAAUUCCUCCCACAGCAGCGUUCACCGGCUGACAGGAGAGGUCCCUGUAACGUUUGAUGACGUUGCUGUGUAUUUCUCUAUGGAAGAGUGGGACUAUAUAGAAGGGCACGAGGAGUUUUACAAAGACGCCAUGAUGAAGAAACGCCAGAAACUCAGCGCUGCAGAAUUCCCAUCUCACAAGAGCCCAGGUCACAGUGAUAACAAUCUGGAUACAGAGUCCAUCGUUGAGGAGGUAGCAGAUGAGAAGCCUGGGAAGACAAUUCCUCAAGUGGAGACCCAAACAGAUGUCUUUGUAGGUGACGACAAUGAUGAGAUUGAGAUUAUACUGAAUACAGAACAAACAGACCUGUGUAUAACGCAUCAGAUGGGAGCUGUUGAGCAGAGAGACUUGGACAAUAUCGGACCUGUUGAAGAAAAUGCUAAGAAUAUGUUAAACGGUGCCCAAACAGAAGAACCACGUGUAAGGAGACAUCUCAAAGUCCCGGAGCAGAAAGUCUGUAGCAAUAUCCACUCAGAUACCACUAAGACCGAAAUUAUACUAAAUACUGAACAAUCCGAUGAUCUGUGUGUAAAGUCUCAGCUAGACACCCCAGAGCAGGAAGUCUGUGACAGCAUUAGCAUAGGUGAGCAAUUAACAGGCAUUCAUCACCAUGAGAGGAUACACUCGGGAGAACCUGUUUUUACUGGAAAACAUGAACAAGAGGAAAAAAUUAUUCAGCUGGAGGAAAUCCAUUCCGAGCCCUAUUCAGAUGAAUCAUUUGAUGAAAUCAUGGAGGUUGAUUCAUUACAGGGGACAAGGGACGCUAACAGCAGUUACACUACACAGCACAGUCAAGGAACAGUGUCUAAUUACUCAUCUGUAGAACCAAUAUUAUGUACUGAAGGAAAUUUUGAAUCUUUAUUUAUGUCUUCUGAAUGUGAACAAAAAUUAUGUGGUUUAAAUAAUAAUUUUGCCCACAAUAGCAAGGGUGUAAAAUUUCAUCCCCACAAUGUUAAAAAUGAAUUGGCAGACUGUACUAAAUAUGUUAACACAGACUCAUCUUGCGACUCUUAUCUGGUAUCACAGACAGAAGGGAAGCAAUAUAUUUGUCAAAAAUGUGGGAAGGGUUUCUACGAUAACUCACAAAAUCCACAUUUUGCCAAAAAUGGUGUUUGCCAGGAAUGUGCAAAAGUUUCUUCAGCCAAAUCAAAUCUGGUUACAAAACAGAUAAGUCAUACGGGACGGAACACGCAUCUUUACCAGAAAUUCGGCAAAGCAUUUUCCUUCAAGUCACACCAAGGAAUUCAUACAGGGGAGAAAGCAUUUGUCUGUAGGGUUUGUGGACAGGGAUUUAGUGCCAGGUCGUCAAUGCUUAAACAUCAGCAAGUCCAUAGAGGAAAUAGGCAAUAUGGUUCUCAGGUUUUGCCUUCUACAGGAGAAAAAACAUAUGUUUGUCAUGAAUGUGGGAAAGGCUUUCCUAACGUAUCAUCACUAAUCACACAUAACAGAAUUCAUACAGGAGAAAGACCAUUUAUUUGCCAGCAAUGUGGAAGAGCUUUCGCCCAAAACUGCAGCUUGGUACGGCACCAAAUUGUUCACACAGGAGCAAAACCGCAUGUUUGUCAGAAAUGUGGAAAAGCCUACACUCGUAGGACAACGCUGAUGAUGCACCAAGCUAAACAUGUAUGAGUGAAGGUGCGCGCCCAAAGAAAUUAAAAUGAACGCACUGUUGCAUAAAAGUUAAAAUCAAAACUAAUUUAUUUUUCACCUUUUUUUUUUUUUUUUUUUUACACAAAGGCUGCUCAAAUUACUUACUCGUUUCGCUCUCUGAAAUAGCUCAUAAUCAAAGAAUACAAUUACAAAUGUAUCCAAAAAGUACACAUAUGAGUGUAAAUUGCUUGUACAAGAUAUAUACAAACUGUUCUCUAAUACAUUUUAUCUUUAGCACAGAAGGCCCCAUACACCUGAAAAGAUAAAUAUUAGUCUAGCAUGGAAUAACCCUUUCUCAAAACAUAGCCUAUUAAUGGGACAAUAUAUUCACUAUUUAAAGGGCAGUCUACACCAGAAUAGUUAUUGUUUUAAAAGAUAGAUAAUCCCUUUAUUACACUUUCCCUAGUUUUUAUCUCUGUGAUUAUCUUGUAUCUAAGCCUCUGCAGACUGCCCGCUUAUCUCAGUUAUUUUGACAGACUUGCAUUUUAGCCAAUCAGUGCUGACUCCUAGGUCACUUCACGUGCAUGAGCACAAUGUUAUCUAUAUGGCACACAUAAACUAACGCCCUCUAGUGGUGAAAAACUGUCAAAAUGCAUUCAGAUAAUAGGCGAUCUUCAAGGGCUAAGAAAUUAGCAUAUGAACCUACCUAGCUUUAGCUUUCAACUAAGAAUACCAAAAGAACAAAGCAAAAUUGUUGAUAAAGGUAAAUUGGAAAGUUGCUUAAAAUGAUAUGCCCUAGCUAUCUAAAUCAUAAAAGUUUAUUUUUGGCUAGAAUGUCCCUUUAAUUCAAAAUAAAAUGGCUUAGUUAUAAAUAGUGACAUUUAAAAAACAUAUAUUUAUUGUGCUUGGUUUUCCUGUAAUGAAAUCAUGGAAAUUGACACGGUAGAGUGAAUCCUGCAUGAGUCAGGAUAUGCCCAUACAACAAGCUACACGAUUUUAUUGGCCUUAGCAGAAAAAUAAACCUAAGUUACAAUAUGGCGACCCCCAUUGCUAUAUGGACAUUAGAAUGUUACUCUUAUUUUUUUCAUUAUUUAAACAACUAAUAUAA